CAGCAGCCAUUAGCACCGCGGCUCGUGCUGGAUUAACUUCUGACUCACGAACAUGGAGAUUGAUAGUCUUCUGGAAGCUCUGAAAGAUUUUGAGAAGGGGAAAAAAGAAGUCACUCCAGUAUUGGACCAAUUUCUGUGUCAUAUAGCUAAGACUGGUGAAACCUUGCUCUCGUGGUCGCAGUUUAAAAGCUACUUCUUGUUCAAAUUGGAAAAGGUGAUGGAGGAUUUUCAAGCUUCAGCGCCAGAGCAGAGAGGACCCUCAAACCCCAACGUGGAGUCUGUUCCAUUUGAGGAGAUGAAGGAGAGGAUACUGAAGAUAGUCAACGGCUACAACGGAAUUCCAUUUACUAUUCAGCGCUUGUGUGAGCUCCUCACUGACCCCAAAAGGAAUUACACAGGAACAGAAAAGUUUUUGAGAGGAGUUGAGAAGAAUGUCAUGGUGGUCAGUUGUGUAUAUCCAAGCUCAGAGAAAAAUGGCUGCAGUGGUGUAAACAGAAUGAAUGGGGUCUUGUUGCCCAGCAGCAUGUCACUUUUUACAGAAAGAAAAGUAAACGGACCAGGAACACCCAGACCACUGAACAGGCCGAAGAUUUCUCAAUCCAGCUCAAUGGCCACAAAUGGCCUACCAGACAGCACAGAAAACAAAGAAUCAGACUCAACGGUGGGCCACAGCAAACUUGCCAGUGACUCAUCGCCCUCCAGUAGUUGCAUAAAGAACAAACAUUCAGAAGAGGAAGAACAGCAAGAGGUAAAGCGUCUCAAGUUCAGUGAGGACGGAGGCGAGGAGGAAGAGGAGGACGAGACCGAAGAGGAGCCACACGGUGAAACGGUUCAACCUGAGGAUGCGUCUGAUAUGCCAGGGAGUUCGGAUUCGCCCUCAUCCAUGAGUCAGGAGAAAGAUGAUGGACAUGAGGAGAGUGAGGCUUCCACAUCCACAGCAGCUUGUGAAGACCAAGAGCCAUCCAGUACACAGUCUGACAGCACUGAGCGGGAAGUUCGGUGCGGUUCCACGCAGGAACCCUGUGACAUGGACCAAUCGGAAAAGACCACUCCAGCUUCCAGCCCUGAGAGGCAGGAGGAAGAGGAAAACAUUGAACCGGUCAGUAGCAGCGACAGCUGCAAUGAGCCAGCCCCUGCCCCCGAUACUGCUCCAGAUCCCACCCCUAGUGGCGCAGACUCUCCCACAGAGGGCACCGCGGAGUCGGGGGAGCUGGACUCGAACAACACAGAGGAGCCUAUGGAGCAGGAUUAAAGAGCCUCCUGAUCACAGACCUUGUAGCAUAAACACCAACCAGCGUGUGGAGCUUUGAGAAGACACACUAACCAACACUAUCAGGACGGGCCCGCCCGGAUGCCUUUUGGUCCAGCGUCACCCAUUUUCUCCAGUUUCUUUUUCUUGUUUAGGUGGACAGGAUAUACUGAUGUACAUAUGUGAUUUUUUUUCCCCCUUUCUUUGAAUUGAAUUGAAGGUUUUAAACUGAGGUUCUUUUUGUGUGUUUUUACGCUCCCUAGUUCCAUUGAAUGCAGUUCAAGGCAUUUCCUAAUCUCUCUGUCAAAGGUCUGGUCUAGCACAGGUCUAUUUGGGUUUUCUCCCCACGCAAGUUUGUGAGGAGUCAUUUCUUAGCAUUGUUUGCAAGCUCCAGCGCUCCAGUGGAACCUUCUUGUUUGUGAUUUAUUUUUUCAAAGCCGUGUCAGUUUCUUCAGGAGAAAAGGCAAUUGGCAAGCUUGUUUUUAGUUUGUAUUGUUAAAUUCUUCCACAUAGACGUGUUUGAGGGGCGUUUUAAAUGACGUGCAUAUGGAACCAUGUGGAAGAUCUGACCUAUGUUGUUUCGUCUAUAUAUUUUUCUCUUUUGUUUAAACUCUCGCCGUUACUUGUUACUGUACUAAAGAAGAGUUUAAUAUAAAAGGUACGGAGUUCGUUAAAAAUUUGCAACUGAAUGAUCAUUUCCUCUUCAAUAAUUUAUACGAACAUUUCACUGAAUCACUAUUUUUGACAUUAGACCAUUUUUUUUUUUUUGCUUUUUGUAAAGCCAGUCUGACAACUGGUCAAAUGAGCUAAAAUCGUGUGAGUGUGUCGAAAGCGACUCAAGUCUAUACCAAGCUGUCUCACCAGUACCAACUGACUGCCUCUACUGCAGCUGUACUGUUUUGAUAUUUAGAAUUUUUAAAUUUCUGUAGUUUUGUAGAGCAGUAUAUGUUCACCGCUUUUUGUGAGUUCAUAUUAUUGUAAGAUUUCUCUGUGUAUACUGAAUGCGUGUGCUUUUUAAUGCAGUAUUCAGGUGAAGCAAUAAAUGUUCUGGUUUUAAA